AAGCAGAAUAGACCUACGAAUUCUAAUGUUAGCGCGCAGCCAUCGUUGCGUGCCAUCGCCGCUGGAUCAUCGCAGUGACCAUCGCAGACCAAUAGUAGACAGGUGCCAAUAUGGCUGCUAUUGCACUGCCUCGUCUUCUUGUGACAUCGCCCUUUGUCCCGGCGACGAUAUUCUAAUUCACGCCGACAAGUUCUGAUCAGCGACGUACGACAGACGACACUUCCUUUAAAUGGAACGGCGAACUUCAAUGGAAGACUUCAGCUAGCAAAAUGUCAACCCGCUCGCAGCUCACGAAAGAUCUGAACGAAUCGGUGAAAGCUUUACUUGGCAAGCAUGUGAAGAUACUGUUGAAAAACGUGGUGAAAUUAGAAACCAAGCAGGAUAAACAAGAAAAUCGUGUUCUCGUAUUUUCACCAUGCCGCCUCUUUCUUCUAUCGGCCAAAGUACCCACAAGAAUCGACUGCCAUUUUCAUUAUCUAGAGAUAACAGCCAUAGAGUCCAAACGAGCGAAUCAGCUAUGUUUGACUGUCGGAGAGCGAUAUUACAACUUCACUACGACCAGCGUGGGCGCGGACACUACAGAGGUGGACGCCAUGAUAGAGGCCUUACACACGGCGAUUCGAAAUAUCUUUCCUACAGUGCCACUAAAUUACAUUAUACGAAAGAUAGAAGUAAUACCAGCUAGCAGAUUGCAAAGUAUACGAGGCAGUGAGUUGGCCAGGAGCACAGAAGCUACAAGACACACGGGUCCAUGUGGUGGAUUCUCUACGCAGUAUGCGUGUAUGUGCGACCUGCAUGGCGUGCCGUACAGAGAGGAAGUGGCUUGGGACGUCGAUACGAUAUACCUGUCGCACGAUACGAGGGAGCUGAAUCUGAGAGACUUCGAUCAUCUGGAUCAGAAGGACUUGGUGCCGAUCAUCUCGGCUUUGGAAUACAACACUUGGUUCACGAAACUGAGGGCCUCCCACCUUAAGCUGAGCCACGAACCCUUGGAACGAUUGUUACACGUUAUGCGAAGGUCUCUGUCCAUUCAGGAACUCUAUCUGGACAAUCUUGGUAUCAAAUGGGAUUUCGCUCACAAGCUGUCAUUGGCCUUAAUUUCUAAUGCUAACACGAUGCUGCAAACGAUAGAUCUGUCGCACAAUACGAUUGAGGACAAAGGAGCCUCUAGCUUGUGCGGGAUAAUAGCCAAGUUAAUGCAAGGUGGCACACACCUGAGUGGUCCUAUCGGCAAAUUGCCUAAGGGUUUGCAGAAGUUGAAUCUGGCCCACUGUGGAUUAACCGGCAAGGGUGUGGGCCAGAUAGCGCAUGCGUUAAGCUUAAACAGGAGCAUGCCGACUAGCUUGCGAUGUCUGAAUUUCUCGGAAAACACGUUGAAAGACGACAUUAAUAAUCUGUGCAAUUUCCUCGCGCAACCUAACAGUCUAACACAUCUGGAUCUUAGCGGUACGGAUACUACUUUAGAAUGCUUAUUCGGUGCAUUACUACGGGGUUGUGCAACUAAUCUAGUCCACCUGAACGUUGCUCGAAAUUCCUUUUCGAGCAAGAAGACCAAAGAGAUACCUCCGAGUUUUAAGCAAUUCUUCACGGCUACCCUUUCGUUGAAGUACUUAAACAUAUCCUCCUGCAAACUACCGUUGGAGGCAUUAAAGCACUUGCUACUCGGCCUGGCGUGCAACGAAAGCACUGUUGGUCUAGAGCUUGACAUGAGCGGGAACAAUUUGGGCUCCAUGGGCGCCCACGUUUUGGAGUCAUGCAUUCACGGAGUUCGAUGCAUAGCGUCGUUGGAUAUAUCGGAUAGUAAUAUGGACGUGGAUUUGGCGCAAGUUAUAACGGCUGUAGGGAAAAACAAAUCGAUAAAGCAGUUGUACAUGGGACGCAAUACCGCCAGUAUGAAGAGCAAGCACAUAGCUGUUGUGAUGGACGCUCUGGUGCAGAUGCUUCAGGAGGACGAUUGCGUGCUUCAAGCGUUGCACUUGCCCGAUUCUCGAUUGAAGGGUGAUCUCUACAAUCUAAUCAACGCACUCGGCAGCAACACGUGUCUUCACACCCUCGAUAUCAGCGGCAAUCAGAUAGGCGAUCCUGGCGCAAGAUUGCUGGCGAAAGCGUUGCAGAUUAAUAAUCAUUUACGGACCAUCAUAUACGAUAAGAACAAUAUCACGUUACAAGGCUACGCGGAUAUCGUUCACGCUUUGGAGAAAAACUGCAGUGUGCGUCACAUGCCGUUCCCGAUCUACGAUCUGCAGCCUUGCAUGAAGACUUCCGCAGAGAAAACGGAGCAAUUGGCCAAGAAAAUUCAGGAUUUGUUGCAGAGAAACGUCACGCCGUGCAAGUAUAGUCACGGACAGGCAUUCAGAUUACAGCAGGGAUUUCUGUUGAGCUCUACGCAACAGAUGGUUGAUAGACUCGUUGUGCAGACGCAGGAUACUAUCAAAGCCUUGGCGGCGGAAAGUUGCGACGCUAAUAAUGAUAUCAAUUAUGCGACCGGACUUAUACAAGACGCGGAUAAUUCCAAACAGUUAUUGCCAAGAUUGCACGAGGUACUGCAAAGACGGGACGAAAAUAAUCCGAUCGAGCUGAAGUUACACGAUAUGGCAAACGAAAUUCACAAAGUUGUAACGGUAUAUCUACAGGAUUCUUUGGACGCGAUGUUGAAGUGCGUGAAUGAACAGUGUCCUACUAUAUUAUCGCAAACGGUGAUCAGAGGCGAUGAGAGUGAGCCGAUCGCGGUGCAAGAUGAUCUUCGUAAUACGUGCAAAGAGAAGAACCAAAUCAAUAACGAAUUCAUACAUACCACCGUUACCGAACAAGCUGGCGCAGAUAUCGUUAAUAAAGUCAACGAGCUUAAUUUAGCAGUUGCAGCACAUAUAUCUGAUAGAAUUACGGAUGAAGUAAUCGAAUCAUUAUCAAGAAGCUAUAAAACUCUGAUCGGAGAUUGUGAUAGUCGAACGAGAAGCAGCACACCAGAUGUUCUACGACCUAGUGCUGGCUCGAUGAGCAGUGGAAGCGUGAUCGGUGUGACUAGCGCGAGCGGUGUAUCUAUAACGCUACCUCCUGGCAGAGCCAGCCUCGUCUCUGAAGAGGACUGUCCGCCAGAAACAUGUUCGUUGGCAAAUUCCAUUGGUCAAUGCGUCAGUGACCAAUCGCCAAUGAAAUUGGACUAUCUUAAUCUGGCGACGCCGCAUCUGUCGAAUAAACGUAAAAGUCUGCACGGAAGAAAACUGAGACCAAAGUCCGUGGUAGAUUCGGUGGAGGGAUUGUCCGCCGACGAUAUUCCGGAUCUCUUACCGUCGCUGCCAAAAAGUCAAGCGGAAGCUAUUUCAGAAACUGAGCACUCGUUGACAGAGUCUCUGGACUCUGUCUCGGAAUUGCCCAAUACCGUAGGUCAGCAACUUCAGCAUCUCGUCAAGUCCAGGCCGCGUCGGACGAAGACGAGAGCACCCACGAGACCGAUGUUACGACCGGAUCAGCCGAUCGACGGCCUUGCCUUGGGUGAAGGUCUCGAUGUAUUCUUCCGACCGACUACACCGACAACGCCUCUGAUAUCACCUACGAGUGAUGAUAGCUCUCUACACACUUUCCCAACAGACGGUAGUCCUAAUCUGUCAUUGACCAGUCACAAAAGUAUCCCGCCGGACAUGGAAAAGAAGCACAGCUGCAACUCGCCAAUGCUGAAGACUCUCUUAGAACCCACUCCGCGUUCACGGUCCAGCGACAAUCUGGAGAAAUUUUCUCCUCUCGUCGGCAGAAGAUCUCAGGGCGAUUCUCCGUUGACUGCGUCGCCGCUCGCCCGACGCAAUACCACCGAUAGCGCUCAGACUCACGAGAGAUCCGUCGCGAAAGGUGAGUCUUUCGCGAAGGAGACUUACAACAGCGCAGCUAUGAACGACGCGAGCGACGAUUCUAAGCGUAGUACGCUAACGAAUGUCUCCAGUAUGAGUCCGCGUGGCUCACGCGAUAUCGACGAUAGCUUUGCGAGUACGUCAGACAGAGACACGUCAAUAACGAUGUCGAAAGAACAGGACAGUCGUAAGAGUACUGUAAAGAAAUCUACCACCGACACGGACAAGUCCUCUGUGAAGCUACGGUCCACCGGAUACGAUCUGAGAAGUCCUAUAAACGGCAGUGGCGGCGCCAAGAGCACGUCUUCUGUUGACUCGGCUAAGUCUCCGAUACUGAAACCAUUGGCAAAGAGCAGUGGGUCUACGAGCGACGGAAAGAGCAACGGCGCAUUAUUAAAGAACAAGCCGACUCCGCCAGCGACAGCUCCUAAACCACGACCGUGGAGCAUGACAACUGAUCGGAAAUCUGGUGAAUUCAGUCUGUUAAGCGACGGCUCCAGCCCGAACACCUCGGCUGGCAAUACGCCGGAUUCUGGUGACGCUCUCGACGAGUCGACUGAUAGCGGCGUCAGCGGUCCAGCUUCUUUGCCGCCGACGUUAUCGGCGAGUAGCACUGCGAGUUCGUUGAGCAACAACAGCGUCGAGAAGAGAUCGGUGAGGGAACUGGCGGCGAGUCUGAACAAGAGUAAGGCUGACAGGAAGGAGAACGAACAUACCGCACCUGCAGCAUGGCGGUCGUUGCUUCAACGUUCUGUCGACCGAGCGGACGCAAAGGUAACGGAAGUACCGAGAAUGGUUGAUGAGAGUCGUCUCAGCUUUAAACUUCGUCGCACGUCAUUCCUGCGCGAUUCAAAUUUCAACUACAACAACGACGUGGUUGACGUUUGAUCGGGAGCGAGCGGCCGGCGUCGACGCCUCACUCACGGAGAGUGUCCUCUUCUUCCUUCGCGCGCCGUGCAGAGCCGAUAUCUGGCACACCGACACAGACAGUAACAGUACUUCACGUCUUCGUGCCAUAGAGAUGGUCUCACUGCGUUCUCCGUGUAUAUACCGAGCGAUUUUACCAUUAGCGACAGGGUAUCGAAAGUUUUUACAAUUACAGAAGCACUACUAAUCCGUUGUUAAGGUGGCAUUAGAGAUCUUACGCUAGUUUUGUAUGACGUUGCGUUUUUUACGCGCACGUGCGCGGCCGUAUUUCGACUCAGUCAUUAAACGCAUGUUCUUUGCGACUUACGCUUCGUACGUUUCGUGUGACGAGACCGAUUUCUCACUUUUUCAGUAAUUAACGCGUCUCGACUCCUGUCGGCUCGUCGAGACGUCGAAUAAAACCACUUCCAUUUGCAAGCAACGUCUCAUUCCGUCGAUUCGAUUAGCGAUUAUUCGUUAGUGUCGUUAGUAAGAGAGGGUGUUGGCAAAGUGUUCUAUUCUUCGAAUAUUCGUUUUAAUAUGUAAAUAUUAUUAUAUACAUAUUGUUUGUCUGUGCAUCUCAACAGCAAGAACAUCUAGAAUAGACGAGCCACGUCGCGCGAUUCCAGUGAAAUGGUUUAUAGAGCCUCACCGGUUUCACUUUUGCGUAUUGGACGUUACGAGUAGCGACGACGCUUUAUCAAAGCGGCAUGUCGAUUAGGGAAGAGAAAAAAUGCGCAGGCGUUUUCCAAGAUCGCGUUAAUAGGGGCCGUGUAAUAUCGAGAUUUCAUGCACACGCGUGAUUUCGUUUUGUUCGAACAGAAUAUGUAGUAACGUCCAUUCCGAUUCGCGCUCUUUCGUUUUCAGUGCGGCAUGUGUGUUCUUAAACUGUGAUCGACUCAUAGAGAUGUUCACAUGUGGAUUUGGUCCGUCAUAGUUUCCAUCACGAUGAUACAUUCUAUCGUCUCUAAGAGACACUAACAAGUAAAUACGGGUAUCAGAGGCAGCUCUUAACGCAUUUAUUAUUUUAUUGAUGCAGCUAAGAACUUAUUUGUUAUUUUAUCAGCGCAGUUUUCUUUUUACCGAACAAUGAAAGUGAUGAUGUACGAAGCGAGAUACACUUUAGUGAGCAUUUUAAUGCCGUUGCGUGUUGGCCUCGAUCUCCGCCGUUUCGAUUGUAUUAGAUUGGUGCAAAAGAUUUGUCAUUUCUUAAUUAAGUUCUAGGAUGUUUGGAUAUUAAACGAAAAAUAGUAAAUCUUCCCAAAAAUUAUGAAUCCUUCGGAAUCGGAUAAUUUCGUUUUCUAUUUUAUUAGACAAACACCGUUUGCACUAAUCCGAUAGAAGUUGUAAAUUGAUCUCAGCUUUCAGUAUUGCGACACUCGACGUUACUUUUCUUUUCAAACGAGGUAACAGAUAUUCUUCACUGCAGAAACUCGAUUGAAUGAUAAUCAUGAAUAAUCAUCGUAAACGUAGAAUUUGUGAAAAGUCACAGUGUUUUCGACGUUAUUUGACAGAAGAUGUAGAGUUCUAGCUACGUCUCGUCGUUCAAUUGAAUAAGACUUACAAUACAAAAUUAAUAUAUCGAAAUUGCUCGCGUUGCAAAUAUUCGGACGAUGUCUCUUGUCACGAUGAAAGCGUAUACUCUUUUAGACGCGAGCGUUCGGCUCAGUGCAGUUUAUACAAUUUAUCACGUGUCGACAAUGUAUUUGUCUUUUUAUAUAGCGAUACAACGCGUGUACAUACAUAUGUAAAAAGUAUAGAUUUACGUGUAGGUAUAGGUAUAUAGUGAAAAGGAACAAAAAGUAUAUAAAAUAACCCAUAGGAAUCCGCGAUUCUUACGUCUUCGAGGAGAAGCAACGCGCGAGAGAAAAGAAAGCACGGAUUUUGAGGCGUCUUGCGAAUUUUUUUACCGUUUAGCUAUUAUCAGACCAUGUAACACAUUGAUAUUAUACACAUUAUGCUGAUCCCUUAUACGAGGAUUCAUAAAACAUGUGAUCGUUGCAUUUUAUCAUGAUAUUACACAUUAAACGAAAAAAAAUAAAGAGAGAAAGCAUUCUCCUUCCUCUAACGUUAAAGCAUGGUCGAGUAUUAAAACUAAAGAAAGAAGAAGCAUUCUGUAUCGAAAUGAAAAAUUUGUGUGUGUGUGUGUGAGUCGAGUGUGUACGCGCGCACGUGUGCAGCAAAACAUAUACUUAAUCUGCGUAAACAGGACUGUUCAACGUAUAUAUGAGAGAUGCGUUAGAUAGUCAUGUGUAUACAUAUGGAUACACACACGGAUCUAUAUGAGACGUCACUGACGAAACCUGGAGAAAUGUUGGAGUAUUGAGAGAAUUGAGGAGAGAACAAAUGAGCAGGAUUGGAAGUAACGCGUUAAUCGUAACGUUGUUAUCGUUAUAAGUUUCUUUAUUUUCUAAUUAACGAUCGUUUAAUCACAUUUUUCGAGUAUUUAACGGUGCCGAGUAUAACUUUAUACAUGUAGGUGAUACUUAUCGCAAUUUCUUCUCAUCCGUGUAAAAAUGAUAACAGUUGCCAGACGUUACAAUAAGAAUAGAGAUGAUGAUAUGCUAAAAAAUGAAAAAAAAUAAGGAACAAUUUUCAAAAAUCGAUAAAAGAAAUUAUAACUUGUUAUUUUUUGAGCAAUAAUAACGGCGUUUUUUACUUUUUUAAUGAUGAACAAGUUACUUUUGAAAAAUAACUUUUGUAACUGCGUGAAUGAGAUACAAUUUAUUCUUACUUCUAUUACAUCUCAUGAGACUUCUAUUAAACAAAGUUACUGGUCCUAAGGCAUACCUCUUUCUUACACAACUAUGCAUAUAAAUUACACGACGAAGGUGCAUUCUCACUAAACUCGUAUGGUCUACUCUAGAUAAAACUUAAGGAGAUUUCGUAUCCAUAUUUAAUCGAUCCGAUUCGACAGAUGAAUAGCUACUUAAUAAGCGCGUUUCAUAAUAUUACUUUUAGGCACGCAUCUCUGACGAUUCAAUCGGCCGCCUUUAGGGCGGUGUAAUAUUAUUCUUACGCACGUACCCGUGUGCGUAUUUAUUAGAUCGAUGCGACAAUAACGGCCGAUCUUCGCCUUUCCUUUCUUCGCCUCAUCGUGAUAUCGUUAAUACUAAAUUUAAGAGCUGGCGACUCAUAUAGGACUCUCAGACGUAUUGAAAAUGAGAAGUGAAUUUAAGACAAUGUAAUAUAGAGAUAGAGAACAGAGGAUAUAAUAGUGCGAAAUCGGCGAUUACUUUUUUUCGCAUCGAUCAAAGAUACAGUCUCUCAGUAGUUGACCAAAAAAUUUACACAUAUACACAUCCACUGCGUUAUGAGUGAUUUUAUAUACAUAUAUACGACGUACACUGCGCAAUGAACAAUUAUAUUAUCUUGUAGGAGGGAAACUUAUGUAUCCGAAGGAUCAACGCGAUCACGUGUGCAAAACGACUCUACCGAUUAUUGUGCCAAAAAUGUACGCAAUCUGUACGGCAAUCACGCACAUUUUUUAUACGGUUGUAAAAGGACUUGUUGCGUUCCGUAAGGGUUCUCUCUCCAGUCAGAACCAUAACGUUGAUUCGAUGUCGAAAUGAUCGAUGAACCGUUGAAUCAAUGUUGAUUCAACCCUCACGUCGAAUCAACCUUGAAUCAACAUGUGGUUCUGACUGGGUCGUCCUCCAGCGUAGUUUUAUCCAUUCGCGCGCAUUUGUCGAGGACACAUUUUAACGGCAUUGUAAAUAAUUGCGGGAAAAUAAGGGUUUCGUCUCUUCUAUUCCAUGACGUUGUUAUCACUCAUUUCAUCGAACGGAAUUGCGUUACCUUCAUUCGUGUAUAUGUGUGUAUAUACGUAUUUAUACAUUAUAUAUAGAGAAAGAGAGAGAGAGAGAGAGAAAAAAACAGACACGAAAGUCACUUCUGUGUGCGUGUGUAUGCGUGUACGUAUGCGUUGUAGCAUGAUGUGAGAGAUAUCUCGUAUGCCGCAUAUUUAAAUUCUUCCCCGAUAUACAUUCCUAUAUACAUACACGAUAUUCUAUAUGCAUACGACACGAAGAUACACCACACUACAGAGACAGACGAUACAUGAUGCCGAAAUACAUUGUGAAUAUUAAUGCCAUCGCGUUCGACGUCGCAUUCGCUCAAAAGUUCAGAUGCGCAAAUAACAUUUGAUGUUAACAUUUGCAAUCUAUUUUGGUUUGGGCGGCUUGCUAGAAGCGUGAUAUAACCCGUUAUCUGAAUAAAAUAAAGACUCGUAUCACACAUA